GCAAAUCCGAGGUGAGCAUAGUUCCACGCUCUUGUGACUUGUCACGACUCGCCCUUACUUAAACCCCCCAUGCAUGCCACACCACAGCAACAAAGUCUCAGCUAAGCCAGCCUGAAAAUUUGCUAGCGACAGCCAUGGCGGAGAGGGAGGGCGCCGUGGUGAAGAAGGGCCACGACGAGGGCAUGAAGAUGGCCGUGGGGCUGCUGGAGGAGUCCGGCCUGCCGCUGGGGCUGCUGCCGCUGGCGGACGUGAUCGAGGUCGGCUUCGUGCGCACCACGGGGUACAUGUGGAUCGCGCAGCGCAAGAAGGUGGAACACCAGUUCAAGAAGAUCAGCAAGCAGGUGAGCUACGACGUCGAGAUCACCGGGUACGUCAAGCCCAAGUGCAUCAAGAAGCUCAAGGGGGUCAAGGCCAAGGAAUUCAUGCUCUGGCCGCCCGUCAACGAGAUCGUCGUCGACGACCCGCCCACCGGCAAGAUCCACUUCAAGAGCCUCGCCGGCGUCACCAAGACCUUCCCCGUCGAGGCCUUCGCCGCCGGCCAGUAG